GGGCGGGCCUAACGGGAAGGGCGUGGUCUACGGGAAGGGCUGUCCUAGGAGGACCAAGUGACUGCGGGCUGGGGUCAUCGGGACCCGGGGGACUGGCAGACCUCGGUGCAGACAGGCCAGGGCUGGCCGGUCACGUGCGGGGCCGUGGACAUGACAGGUCAGACCUACUGUGACCGCCUGGUCCAAGACACACCUUUCCUGACGGGUCCUGGCCGCCUGAGUGAGCAGCAAGUGGACAAGAUUAUCCUGCAGCUGAACCGCUACUACCCCCAGAUCCUCAGCAAUGAGGAGGCAGAAAAGGUGCCCAGGGACCCUGAGAGCUGCUCCCUGCUCCUCCCCUCAGGGCUGGAAAGUAGGCCUGUUCCGGAACCCAAAGGUGUCGCUGCGUGUGCGGCUCUGUGAUCUCCUAGGCCACCUGCAGCGGAGUGGAGAGGGCCACUGCCAGGAGUUCUACCGGGCCCUGUACAUGCACGCCCAGCCCCUACACUGCUGCCUGCCCAGCCGGCAUGCCCUGGGUGGGGCUCCAUUCCUGACUUCCCAUGGGCAGAAGCCCCGAGAUGUUCUUGGGGAGCGCCCCUCACUGACCCUCCUGUCCCAUUUCUCCCCAGGACCUGUGGCCUUCCUGGCCUGCCUGGGCCUGGCCACAGGGCUAGCCCUGCUCCUCUACUGCUGCCCUCCAGACCCCAAGGUGCUGCCAGGGGCCCGACGCGUCCUGGGCUUCUCCCCAGUCAUCUUGGACCGGCAUGUCAGCCACUUACUGCUAGCCUUCCUCACAGAUGACCUGGGGGGGUUCUGAUGGGCCCUCUUCCUCCCCCUGCGCACAACGAAGAACCCCACCUGCCUCUUCUGGGCUGCCUCUUUUCUAAACGCUUGUUUUAUACUAUUUAUGAUUUCUAUAAUAUAAGCACGUCACCCUCGACUUAACGAAGGUGCUCGGCAAUAUUAAAUGUUUAUCCGUUAUUAUCUCA